GACCCCGCGGCGACCCAUCCGCCCGAGUGGCCGCCCGCGCCAUGGCGGACACGCGGGACGUCUCAUUGCUCAGCAGUGAGCGGAAGUUGGAGGAGGCCGCGCGCCGGCUGCAGGGAGCCUCGCGCUCCGCUUUGGAGACAGAGGAGGUGAGCUUCCAGACGCUGAGCGAGUUGGCGCGACAGCGAGAAACCAUCGAGCGAAUCGGUGGCCAUAUGCAAGCGACCGACGACAACAUCUCUGGCGCGCGGCGCGUGAUGAUCCAGAUGUACCGGCGAGCGAUGGCCAAGAAAGCAGCCUUGUGGUGUAUGGUGGUUAUCCUCACCGUCACCGUUGUAGUUAUUGUCUACUUCAUGGUCAUCAAGAAGAAAUGAGCUGCACUUGGAAGUUUCACCGGCCAGCCACUCAGUUCUAAAGUUGCCAAGGCCUGCUGAUGUUUAACA